AUGGACGAUAUUUUAAUCUAUGGAGGUGUUGAAAAUAUUCCAAUGUAUAACUGCAGCGCAAGAACGCCGGAGCAGUGGUCAACUGAAACUGGUGCGUCUCAACCGAUUAUAGGAUCUAUUCAGAUCGCAUACGGUGUAGUUGUUAAUCUUCUCUAUAUCCCUAUCAUCAUCAUAAUGCUUGACAAAGACAACUUCAAACUCUCAUGCUUCAAAAUAAUGUUUCAACUUGCCAUCACAGAUUUCCUUGUAAUAUUUAUCAAUUCUAUCCUUACUGGAAUCCUUGGCAUCCAGGGAGCAGUAUACUGUACCUAUCCCACCCUGAUUUAUAUCACUGGCUCCGUCGCAAUGUCCUUGUGGUGCUCAUCGUGUUGCACUUCACUGAUUCUAGUUUGCAAUCGGUUGUUGGUCAUGUCAAAACCUCAUCUUGAAUCCGCUUUUUUUGAGAACAAGAAAACAUUUCUCAUACUGAGUUGCUCAAUAAUCUAUGGAAUUUGUUUCCUCUUCACCACUCCUCAUGUUUAUAAUUCAAAGCAUCAUGCAUGGUUCUUUGAUCCAAUGAUAUUCCCGGAGAGAUCAAAGGAAUACGAUAAUUUACCUCAUGCAAUCAAUAAUUUCUCCAUUGUCGUUCUAACAUGUAUUCUCUAUAUUCCAUUUUAUCUGAUCGUGAAAGAUAACUUGAAAGGGACAAUGACUGAGUCAAGAUUGCACAGCACCUCCGUUUUGAUAUGUUUCUCAAGUCAAGUUGCUGCUAUCAUCUACGUCAUAAUGAAUUUGACGGAAGUCUCUGCUGGUCUCAUACUUUUUGGUCACUUUCUCUGGCAAUUAGUUCAUGGUGCCCCAGUUUUCAUUUACAUCAUUUUAAAUGACAUGAUUCGGAGAAGAUUCUUCAAAAUGUUGAGAUGUAAUAAGAACAAUUCAACGGCUGUGGGGAUAUCGAUUAUCAAUCAAUCCAAUAUUGUGCCACAAUAA